CUGUCAAAAAAUCAAUAAUGUAACCUGUCAUAAAAUUUAUUAUUGUUUUGAAUCAUAAAAUUUCAAAAAUUUUAUUCUGAGUAGCCUGUUAACUGCACCCAGAAAUUGAUUUUUAUCCAUUAUUUUCCGUAAUGGAUACUGGAAAUUAUUCCAAUUUAUGUAGGGCUUGCUUAUGCUCUUCUAAUGAUCUGAAGUCUUUACAUGAUUCCAUCGAUUUAUUUAUAACAUUUGAACAUAUAACUUGUCUACAGAUUGAGGAGGGUGAGGAGAUGCCACAGAACAUUUGUUUGAAGUGUGCCCUUAAGUUGGAAGAUAUUACAAAAUUCAUUAGGAUAUGCAAAGCUAGUGAUUCAUAUAUUAGACAACGGUUGACUGAAAAAGAUAACAUUGAAAUAUGUGACUCAUCAAUUGAAGAUGACAUUGCCAAUGACUACGAUAGCCAGAGUGUUAUUGAAAUGAACAGCUCCUCUGUCUUGGAUUCAAAACCAGAAGAAGCAGUUAUCGUACCCCUAACAGAAAAAAAUAAAUUAGAUAGAAAAUCUUACAAAUCUUCAAAGAAAACACGUUCAGAAGAAUGUUCAUGUGAUACAUGUGGAAAAAAGUUUACUAGAUUAGGAGGAUUGCAACGUCACAUGAAAAUUCAUUUGGGUAUCAAGCCUUUCAAAUGUACAACCUGCUGCAAAACAUUUUCUCAGAAGGCAACUUUAGAAAGGCAUUAUUUAACACAUACAGGUGAGAAACCAUUUGAAUGCAAUUUAUGUGGAAAAGUGGGUAGAAGGAAAGAUCAGCUCGUUGAACAUAUUCAGAAACACCAUUCAAACGUUACAGAUUUUGAAUCAAUUAUUACUGAACACGAGAGAGCUGACGUCAGUACUGUGGAAACUGAAACGGAAAUCAAAGAAACAUCUUUAGAAACUGAAGAAAAUCCUUCUGAAGAAAAAGAGAUUGAACACAAAACCAAAAAACGAAUUGAAAUAUGUUUGUGUAAUCUUUGUGGCAAAGUAUUUCGAAGAAGAGGAUAUCUCAAAAAUCACAUGGCCAUACAUGCAACAGUGAAGCCCUUCAUUUGCAAUAUUUGUGGAAGAGGUUUUACCCAACGACAUUCUCUAACACGGCACAAUUUAGUUCACACGAAAGAAAGGCCUUUCCAGUGUAACUUGUGUGGUAAGACAUUUACCCGUAAGGAAAUAUUAACAGAGCAUAUUAAAAAUCAUGAUGGAUCAUCUCCUUACCUUUGCUUCCAUUGUGGAAAAUACUUUUCAAACAAAGAUUACUUGAAGAAACAUCUUAAUUACUACUUGACUGGCAAAAAAGGUAAACGAAAUACUGAUGAUAAAAAGUGUGUAUGUUCACAUUGUGGAAAACAGCUGCACUCAGUUUCAUAUCUAAAAACUCAUCUUCUGAUGCAUAGUGGAGAAAAGCCUUAUGAAUGUCAUAUUUGCGGGAGCAGGUUUACCAUACAAAGAUCUUUAAAUCACCAUUUGAAUAUACAUAAAGGUAUCAAGCCUUUUCAGUGUACACAAUGUGAUAAAGCUUUUAGAACAUCUGGUUCAUUGAGGAAACAUGUACUUUUGCAUACUGGUGAAAGGCCCUAUAAAUGCACAAGUUGUGACAAGGGAUUCAUUAGAAGGAGUCAUUUGAAAAGACAUUUUCGAACACACUGAGAUUGUGUAUUUUCCUUCAUUUUUCAACUGUUCAGAAAGGUUAACUCGAAAGAAAAAUAAAGGUUUCUGUGCA